GCGGCUGCGGGAGUGAUGGGUACUCAGGCGCUGUCCCGUCCGCUGGAAGCAGUAGCGAUGCCGGAGAGCAGGUCCGUGUUUGACGCCGCUCAGGACCCCGAGCUCCUGCACGGGCUGACCCUUGUCACCGGAGUUGCUGUGGAUGCGGGUGCUGCCCAGCUGGCACCUGCGAGCCACGAGAAACCUGCAGCAGCCAGCUGUGAGGAGAAGGCCCAUGGGGUCUCCGAGGUGCCAGAGAGGAUGUGUUGCUUGACCUGCGGGCAGGUGUUUGGGAGCCGGGAGGAGCAGACUGAGCACUACCGUCUUGACUGGCACCGCUUCAACCUGAAGCAGCGACUCCUGGGGCGCCAGACACUGCCUGUAGAGGUGUUUGAGGAGAAAACCCGCACAGGUGAUGUUUCCAGCAUCUCAGGAUCCGACUCUGAUAGCUCUGAUGUGAGCAGUGAUUCAGAGUUGCUGCCCUCUGUCAGUGACACUCCCCCAACACCCCAGAUUCCCCGCUCCCACAAAGUGCUAUUCCGCAAUGCAAAGGGCCAGCUCAUCUCUGCGUACCGCUGCGUGCUGGUCACUGGGAAGGGUGACAUUGAGGAGCCGGUGGAGCUGACAGCAUCACUGCAGAACCUCAGUGCAAGCACAUGCUGGGUUGUGCUGAUGAUGGGUGGCGGGCACUUCGCAGGAGCAGUGUUCCGGGGCCUGCAGGUACAGGAGCACAAGACCUUUCACCGCUACACGGUGCGAGCACGGCGGGGCACAGCCCAGGGCCUACGGGAUGCCCAGACCCCAGGGUCAGCACCCAGAUCGGCGGGGGCCUCCCUGCGCCGCUACAACGAGGCCGCGCUGCUCAAGGAUAUUCAGGACCUCCUGGCAGCCUGGGCACAGCACCUGAGCGAAGCUCAGCGCAUCUUCCUCCGGGCCCCUCGUCACAACCGUGCACUGCUCUUCGGUGGCAGGAACCCACCCCUCACCCGAGGGGACCCUCGCAUCUGCCACAUUCCCCUCAGCACCCGCAGGGCCACCCUGCGAGAGGUGCUGCGAGUCCACGCCAUGCUGGCCAGCCUGCAGGUGUACGGGAAGGACACACCUCUGGAGGACAUCACUGGGUCCCCCCGGAAGGUCUGGCAGAAGAGGCAGCAAAAGGCAGAGGUGGAUUCCCUUCAGAAGGACACAACUGCCCCAGAGAAGGAGGAGGAAGAGGAGGAAGAAAGCCCUACAGGAGAACUGGAGACUGUAGAAGUGACACUGGGGACCUUGGACCUCCGAGAGUUUGAAGUGAUGCCCAAGCGAAACCGCAAAAGGAGGAAGAAGAGGGACAAGAAGGUGGAGAAAGGGCCUUGUGCUAAAGAGACUGGAUACCAGUGUGGGCAGCCUGACUUGGAGCCAGUGACAGAGCUUCACGGGGAGGCUGAGGCUGGGCUCCUUCUCUGGAGCAACAGAGGAGACCCUCAGACCCAGCUCUGUGAUGCUCUGUUCACUGCCUGCAAGACAGGGGAUGUGCAGACACUGCGGCACCUCCUGGGUGUGCCAGAGAAUGGGGGCCUGCCAGGGCCCAGUGAGGAUGGGGAGUCUCUGGAUGUGGCCCGCUCCCUGCUGAACCAGCCCGUGGACGAGCACGGCUGCACCCUGCUCCACGUGGCAGCACAGGCUGGCAGGGCUGAGGCUGUGUGUCUGCUGCUGGAGGCAGGGGCAGACCCUGCCCUCAGGGACAGGCAGGAGAGGACCCCAUACUGCGUCUCUGCUGACAGACGGACCCGCAAUGCCUUCCGCAAGUUCAUGGUGGAGCAUCCAGACAAAUACGACUACAGCCGUGCCAAGGUGCCCGGGCCCCUGACACAGGAGAUGGAGGCCAAGAAACUGGAGAAGAAGCGGGCACAGAAAGCCCAGCGGAAGCAACGGGAGCAAGCACAGCAGGAGGAGCAGCACCGCUGGGAGCAGGAGCAGGAAAAGAAGAAGUGGUUUGCAGCUCUGUCUGACAGGGAGAAGAGGGCACUGGCUGCUGAGCGGAGGUUGGCUGCACAGCUGCAGGACACAAGCACGACUCUUGCCAACAUCAGGGGUUUCAGCUAUGUGGACCUGGUGGAGGGGCUGCGGGAUGGGCGCUUCUACGCCCUGAAGCGCAUCCUGUGCCACGACAAGGAAGACCGCCAGGCUGCCCUGCACGAGGUGGAGAUGCACGGCCUCUUCGACCACCCCAACAUCCUGCGCCUGGUGGCCCAUUGCAUGGUGGAGAAGGGCACCAAGCACGAAGCCUGGCUUCUCCUGCCCUAUGUGAAGGGGGGAACCCUCUGGAGAGAGGUGGAAGCACUGCGAGAGAAAGGCACCUUCAUGCCAGAGCAGCGGAUCCUCCUCAUCCUCCAUGGGAUCUGCCGUGGGCUGCAAGCCAUCCACAGCAAGGGCUAUGCACACAGGGACCUCAAGCCCACCAAUGUGCUGCUGGAUGAGGAUGACCAGCCUGUGCUAAUGGACCUGGGCUCCAUGAACAAAGCUCGCAUCCAAGUCAACAGCUCUCGGGAGGCCAUGGCUGUGCAGGACUGGGCUGCCCAGCGCUGCACCAUCUCCUACCGUGCCCCUGAGCUCUUCACAGUGCCGAGCCAGUGUGUCAUAGAUGAGCGUACGGAUAUCUGGUCCUUAGGCUGUGUGCUGUACUGCAUGAUGUUUGGAGAGGGCCCCUAUGAUGCCAUCUUCCAGAAGGGUGACAGUGUGGCUCUGGCGGUUCAGAACCCCCUCACGUUGCCUUCCACAACCAGAUACUCACCUGCCUUGCAACGCCUGCUCUUCUCCAUGAUGACAGUGAACCCCCAGGAGAGACCCAGCAUAAAUGAAAUCCUACACCAACUGGAAGGGCUGCAGCCGGCACCAGCAGGACAGGACACCACACAGAUCUGAGCCCAUCUCCUUCCAGUGGUGACACGUCGUGAGGCUGAAUCAGGGGAAAAGCAGCUACCCUAAUCCCUGCUGCCCUGCAGACCUGUUGCAGAGGGGAUUGAUGCCCUGGAGGAGAGCUGCUGCUCUGUGCUGGAGGUGUGUUGGAUUUGGAGUGUUCUGUACCCUGGAUGCUGCUGCCUGGGCCUUGGUCUGUGCCCCUGAGCUGUGGAGAUGUGAUCUGCUGCUAAACAUGGGUCCCUUGCCACCUUCCCUGGGGGUGGUAGAAGGGGAUGUUGUGGGACCCCUCCUGGGCAUGGGAGCCACUGUCCUGCAGCCCUGUGCCCCAGGAAGGUUGCUGCUGCCCGGAGCAGAGCUGCGGGCCGGAUUACGGUGCUGUGCUGGAGGGAGGCAGAGGGAGUGCCCACUCUGCCAUUGCUCUUGGCACCGUUGUUGCCUUGUGCUUGAAGUAAAGUACAUUCUUGCAGA